AUGAGAGUCAUUCCGUUUUUUACUCUUCUUUUCGUUGUUCUCAAUACUGUUUCUCUUGUUGGAACUCAACAGGCAUUUGGUUCAGUUUCAUAUGCAGCCAUCCAGAGAAUCAUUCCACAUGCUACAAAUGCUAAUGCGUUUGCGCUGGCUCAAGGACUCAAUCAAAAUGUUGGAAAAUACGCUGCUAUGAGAACUCUUGUCAAUCAAUUCUUCACGCAAAACAAGGCCGGAAAACCGAAUCCAAAGACUCUUUCUCUGUAUGAUAACUCCACUUACAGUCGACAGAAACUUGUUGCGUUGGUUAACAACAGACAAGCAAUCGCAAACUGGUGGUCUCAAGAUUUGACACCUGGAUUUACGAAGAUCUACAAUGCAGCAACUGCAACGACUUACAAAAACCUCUACGCAUACUUUGACAGCCGUUACACAAACAGUUUCACAUACACAGUUGUCUACUGGAUGCUAACAGUUCUUAUGAAAGACAUGUGGAAUGAAGUGACCUACAAUGCGACUGUUGACUUGAUUUCAGAUACUAUGAAUACCCAAGUGGAAAAAUCACCAACUCUCGUUUUCGAGAUCUACACUGAAGCUUUCGAAGCGAAUCACAACCAGACAUACAUGAAAGGAAAGUGGUAG